AUGCCACGCAUACAUUUAUUUUCUGUCUCGCCGGGGAGAACAAAUUACAAACCGGAAGGAAUCUUGUUUUUCCCUCUGAUAACCAUUUCCAGAGAAAUUCAGAAAAGACCCACCAACAAAAACGCGUACAUACCAUACCAUUCAAUUCAAUGGUUUUUCUGUUCGUUCCUCGAAUCCACAUCUUUCGUAUUUGGUUCACAAACACACUCUGUGAUGCUUCUAUGUUCUUGA